AGAGGGCUCAGAUGUCAGGAUGAUGGAGGGAUUCACUCGUUCACUGCCUUCUUCACCCCUCCUUAACCUUCGUCUGGCAAAAAGAAGUGGCUCUACCUGUGAAUGAAAAGGAUUGCAUUUUUUUGGCUCCAGAGGACAAUAAGCUGUGGAUUACAGAUCUGCUGAGGAGCUCAGGACCAAAGAGAAGAGGACUGGAUGGUGAUGUCAUCAUGUUCAUUUACAUUACACACAACAAGAAAGCUUGAUGGAGAGGACAAACGGCACAAAAGCAACUCAACAAACCUCGCUAACUGCUGACUUAAAGAACCUUUCUCCUAUUCAUCACGCUAACUGUUGUUUUCUGGGGCAAUAAGUAGCGCCCCUUUGAUUUGUUGACGCCGCCCUCUACAUGGAACCACUCUGAACCAAUCAGGACCCCACUGCUAGCUAGCUAUGGACUGCACGGCAGCUAUUUUGAAAGCGUGCGCCCGCUCCAGGUCCAAGUGGUGUCGCCAUGAGCGGUCCUCCAUGCGUCGCCCAUGGAGACCGGCGGACGACUAUGGCUGUGGUUGUGGCGGAGUCAUAGCGGCGGGGGUCGUCGGCCAUGCCUCCAACCUCCUGCACCGCUUGUUGUUUUACAUCUGCUGUUGUCUGUCCCACGAGGAGAGUUCUGAGCUGUGUCGGGAAUGGGUGGAACGUCCCGUAGGAGGAAGAGGCAGGAGUGAGGACGAAGGUGAGGAUGAGGAGUUAGGACCUCCGCCCUCAGUAGACGAGGCAGCUGACGCUCUGAUGACCAGGCUGGGCUUCCUGCUCGGGGAAAAGGCAAUCAGUGGAGAGCCGGGGUCAUCUUACCACGCCCAGGACGAUGGACAGAGGAUCUCUCCUUCCUCCAGUCUGGCCAGUAGUAGCGCCUCCCCAUGCUCCACACUGCAGCCUCCUGCUGGAGGGGAGGGCAACAACAACAAGCAUGCCUCCCCCAACCAUGCCUCCGUCACCUCCCCCACCUCAACACUGGAGAGCAGAGACAGCGGCAUCAUAGCCACGUUGACCAGCUAUUCUGCUGAGUCGGCAGCGGAGCGGGACAACGGCACCAAGUACCCCGGUGAUGGUUACCACGGCAGCAGCCUGAACCUCUGGCAGCAGGUGGGCCGGCCGGUGGUGGCCUCCACCUCCUCUUCCAGUAUGGUAGCAGCGGGAAGAACCAACGAAGGCUUCCUGUACAGGGUGGAGGACAACAUGGCUGCCUCCACUUACAGCCUCAACAAGCUCCACCCAGAUCGAGGCCCUGACUCCGCCCGCUCAUCAGGCUCCACCCACUCCAUCCCUCUCUACCUCAUGCCCCGCCCCAAUUCAGUUGCUGCCACCAGUUCUGCCCACCUUGAAGAUCUAGCCUAUCUGGAUGAACAGCAGAGACACAUCCCAUCAAGGACGUCCCUCAGAAUGCCCAGACAGAAUUCUGGGAAUCGUAGUCAACUGGACCACAGAGUUCGUUUCACCCCCUCUCUCAACCUGAAGCCCCUCCACUUCGAGGUACCCGGGCUCACGUCUGAUUGGCUGUUCACCGGCAGGGAAUGGCUCUUCCAGGAAGUGGACGCUUGUCUUCGCGGUGGCGACCCGUCAACCAGCCGGGGUGUGGUCAUCGUCGGCAACAUGGGCUUUGGCAAAACAGCCAUCAUCGCUCGUCUGCUAGCACUCAGUUGUCAUGGAAACCGGAUGUGGCCAACCGCUGCCGGCAGCCAGACCAUGCCAAAACAUGUAGAGGCUGUUUCUUUCUCCCAUGAAUCCAUGGGAAGAGGAGGGGGAGAUGAAGGAGGAGGAGGAGGAGGAAGCUGCCCAGGGACUCCAGAGAUGAGGAGGAGACAGGAGGACGCGCUGAGGAGGCUCGCAGGACAGGUGGUCUCGUAUCAUUUCUGUCAGGCCGAUAACUGUUACACCUGUCUGGUCCCGGAGUUCGUCCACAACAUGGCGGCAAUGCUAAGCGACGCCCCUCAGCUGUCAGCCUAUCGCGAGCUGCUGCACCGGUCGCCGCAGCUACAGAGCACGCUGAGUCUGCGCUCCUGCAUCCAGGAUCCGAGCGCCGCCCUCCAGAGGGGAAUGCUAGAACCUCUGGACGCUCUCUACAGAGACAGGAAGCUGCAUGUGGAGGGGGCGGGGCUUAUUAUAUUGAUUGAUGGGCUAAACGAGGCAGAGUUCCACCGGCCCGACUACGGCGACACACUGACUUCCUUCCUGUCCCAAAACAUCCAGAAAUUUCCUUCCUGGUUGAAGGUCAUUACCACUGUCAGGACCAGUCAGCAGGACAUCACAGGUUCUCUGCCUUUCCACCGCAUCUCUCUAGACAAGAUGGAAGAGAACAACGCCAUAGACCAGGACCUGCAGGGUUACUUGAUGCAGCGUAUCCACAGCAGUGCCGAGAUCCAGAGCAAUGUGUCGCUGAGCAACGGCCGCCUCGACAACACAGCGCUGGCCAAGCUGAUCAGCCACCUGAAGACCCUGAGCAAGGGCUCGUACCUCUACCUGAAACUGACCCUGGACCUGAUAGAAGGAGGGUACCUUGUCCUAAAGAGCUCCAGUUUCAAGGUGGUUCCUGUGAGUCUCGCAGAGGUCUAUCUGCUGCAGCUCAACAUACGUUUUCCGACCCAGUCGUCUUUUCAGAGAGUUCUGCCGCUGCUCAACGUUACCGUGGCGUCGCUGCACCCGCUGACGGAUCAGCAGCUCUUUGAGGCAGUGAACGCUGGUGCUCUGACCGGAGGAACGCUGAGCUGGGUGGAGUUUGCGCACCGGAUGGAGCAGCUCUCAUCUUUCCUGCUGAGGCGGAAUGACGGCAGCAGGAUGCUAAACCACGCCUCCUUCAGGGAGUGGCUGAUGUGGAGAGAGGAGGGUCAGGAAGACAGGUUCCUCUGUGACCCCAGGAGCGGUCACACUCUCCUGGCCUUCUGGCUCUGCAGACAGGAAGGAAAGUUGAACCGUCAGCAGACACUGGAGCUGGGACAUCACAUCUUGAAGGCUCACAUCUACAAGGGUCUGAGCAAGAAGCUCGGGGUUUCCUCCUCAGUUCUGCAGGGGCUGUGGCUGUCCUACAGCACGAAUAGCCUGAGCCCUGCUGUGUCAUCACUGCGCAACCUCUACACCCCCAACAUCAAGGUGAGCAGGUUGCUGAUUAUGGGCGGGGCUGACGUGGAUUACCGUAGUGAUGUCCUCAGCAACGCCCCCCUGCUGUGUGUCCACGCUCACCUGGGCCACACUGAUGCCGUGGCACUGCUGCUCGACCACGGAGCUCAGGUGGAUGCUCAGUCACAUGACGGUUUGACUGCACUGGGGUUCGCUGCUGCAGCCGGACAUCUGGACAUCGUCAGCAUGCUGAGUCAGCACACAGCAAAGGUGGGUCACGUGGACAGCUCCGGCCGGUGUGUGUUGGUUCACGCGGCUCAGCGAGGCCACCUCGAGGUGCUGCGCUUCCUGCUGAAGCGUGCCGAGUGGAGCUGCACUUCCUGCUGCGGGCAGAGGGGGGCGAGCAGGUGCCAGGCGGUGCAACAGGCUCUGAUUGCUGCGGCCAGCAUGGGCCACACAGAGACGGUGUCAUACCUGCUGGAUCUUCCAGAGGAAGAUGAGGAAGAUGAGGAGAGACCUGAAAUCAACACACCUGACAGUCUGUGGGGAGAGACAGCUCUGACAGCAGCAGCAGGAAGUGGCCGGUUGGUUGUCUGCAGGCUGUUGUUGGAUCAGGGAGCUGCUGUUGAACAAGGCAACAGGAAGGGUGUCACACCUCUCUUCAGUGCUGUGAGACGUGACCACUGGCAGGUGGUUGAGCUGUUAUUGAAUCACGGCGUGGAGGUGAACAUGGUCGACCAGCAGGGCCGAACAGCUCUGAUGACGGCAGCCUCAGAGGGACAUAUGACCACCGGCCAGCUGCUACUGGAUCAUGGAGCCUCUCUCGACCAGACUGACAGAGAAGGCUUAACGGCGCUCAGCUGGGCGUGUCUGAAAGGAAAGCUCCAAUUGGUCAAAGAGCUGGUGGCGAGAGGUGCAGCCACAACUCACGCUGACCGCAGUGGACGGACGCCUCUGGAUCUGGCUGCCUUCUGCGGCGACCCAGAAGUUGUGCAGUACUUAGUGGAUCAUGGUGCAUCGGUGGAGCACGUGGACUGCAGCGGAAUGCGUCCUCUGGACCGAGCGGUUGGCUGCAGAAACACUUCAGCAGUCAUCGCUCUGCUCAAAAAGGGAGCCAAAAUAGGACCAGCGACCUGGGCCAUGGCAACCUCAAAACCAGAUAUCUUAAUGGUCCUGCUCAGUAAAUUGAUCCAGGAGGGAGACAGACUGUACAAGCAAUCUAAAGUAAGAGAAGCUGCUCAUUCCUACCAGUCGGCUCUCCAGAAGUUUCCAGGGGACGAGCUGAAGACGUUCAGACAGCUGAGAGUGUGUGUGCUGCUCAACCUGUCACGCUGCCACCGCAAGAUGAACGAUUUUGGCCUUGCUGAGGAGUUUGCUACCAAGGCGCUAGAGCUGAAAGCUAAAUCGUACGAAGCCUUUUAUGCCCGAGCUCGAGCCAAACGCAGCCGCAGACAGUUCCAUGCAGCCCUGGAGGACCUGAUUGAGGCCAGUCGACUGUGCCCGUCCAACCGGGAGAUCCAGCGUCUGCUUUCCCGGGUCAAAGAAGAGUGUCGGCAGGUGGCACAACAACAAGACUCUCCCCCUCCUUCAUCACAUCAUGUUUACCAACAAAAUGUGUCCAUCAAUGAGGGCAGGUGCAGAGAUUCCGGUUGUCUGCAGGUGCAGGACAGGGAGGGGCUUACAGAGGAAGAGGAGGAGGAGAGUUACAGAGAAGAAGAUGCUCUUCCUCACUCCUCCUCUUUUCAUCCUCCACCUGUGAUUCAAAGUCUUGACACCCACUGCCACCCUGGGGGGCCAUCACCCUCUUCUCUCUCGCCAACUCAUCUGUACCGUCACCUCCCCAGCCCCACCCACUUACCCUCCUCCUCUUCUCACUCUGCGCCUCCUCCUCCAUCCGCCUCUUAUCGCCAUUUCAGCCCUCCUCCCUCCCCAAUGCAGCAUCAGCAGCGAGCCAGUCCAAUGUCAGAAAGUAUGCCUGCAUUAUCAGGAAAUGGAGGUCUUCACCACCAUCCACAGUCCAUUUCAGCCCUCCACCAUUCAGACCAGAACCAGGGACUGCAGCAGCACCAUCAUAUGUCCAAUCAGCGAUCAUUCCAGAAGCAGAACCCUGUUCAAGGCCAGUGGCUCCAACCAGCCAAGGUUCAGGUUGUCAGAACCAGUCAGCCCACUUCUGCUGCCCACUCCAGCAUGAUUUUAGGAAGUUCUGCCUACUCCCAGUUUGGCCAGCUACCCCAAGAACUGGCCGAACUGGGGGAAGGCAUUUGCCCAAACCCCCUAGAUAUCCGGCCAGGUCUGCCGGUCCAGGCUGGUCUGAGCUCUGGAGCUUCAUAUCCGCUAGAUGAUGUGGAUGGUGACUUCGUUUGUCAGGCAAGAUCUGGAUCUGCCUAUGGGAGAGAAGGUGGAGGGGAGAGGGCAGGAAUAAAUCGAUUUGGUCAGGCCCGUCAGUUAAGCCGCAACCAAACCAAAGCAGCAUACUACCCCAUGGAAGUGACUGAAGCGACAAUGGGACAUCCUGACAGCAUUCUACCAUCAAACGAUUAUCAAUACCACCCAGGGGGACUACGACGCCCACUCAGUGCCCACCCAACCUCCUCUCAAGCUCCACCCACCAGGCCUCUUGUCCACUCGCAAAGUAUCAGCGUCCGUUUCUCCACCAGCAGCGGCAGCCUUGCUGGUGGGCAACCAGUUAAUCAUGGCCAAGGCUUCAGGACCUCUGCCUCCGUCCAGCAGAUGGAUUUACCAUCAGAUCUGGCCCCUGUGGGAGAGGUUACUGGUUACCAUGACGAUCUAUUUCUGAUCUCCUCUCCCCAGUCAGAAAUAUGCAUGGUGGGAGGUGGAACCUAUCCUGGAGAGGCAGGCCGUUCAUCUAGGAAUACUCCUUUCAUGGGCAUUAUCGACAGGACCGCGAGAGUGCACCAACAGUAUCAACAACAAGCUCCUUCCAGUUCAGCAUCCUGUCUCAGUCCUUCUCGGUCCUGGGCUGUUUCUUCAGUGGACACAGUCAUCACCUCACCUAGCAAAAUGCCUCCCAAUCAAGGCUUCAGCCAGCUCCAGCCAUCCUCUAUUGCUUACCACAACCGCAGCAACAACAAUGCCCACAAUGGUCACGUCCUCCAUGACAACCACCUUGACUACUAUGAGGUGCUGCCGGGCAGUGGUCUUCAGAGUGAAGGCUCAGUGCAGGUUGCCAGUCAGAAUCCUUCUUACCUGGAUGUGAAGCUGGCUCGAACAAUGCCGGUGAUCCAUAGCUGCUCAGACAGACCAAGCGACAGACAGACAGGUCCUACCUCUCCUGUCAAACCAAAAAGACCCUUCGUAGAAUCCAAUGUAUAGAGAAAACCUUAAAUGUUAAGUCAAAGGCAAGGGAGAAGGGUUAAUGAAGAGUUAAUAAAGAGAAAUGAGUGCACUUAUAUAUUCCAAGAUUCACUGGGGCUAUGGAAUUAUUGAGUCCUGCACAAGACCUAAACAAACUAGUUUGUACAACAUGUUGUGUGUACAACACAUAGUUGGUACAACAUUAAGAGGGACAAGACGCAAUAAUCGUUCAAAACAGGGACAACAGCAUAUACUUUCAGUCUCUCUUUGAAGGUCUUGUGCAUGAAAGCAACCAAUGACCGAUCGCUGCAGGACGUAGGCGUGCUUGUCGGAUCAGUUUCGGAAAGCACUUCAUUUGAAGGAUACCGACUCCUUUAUUGUUUAGAAAAGACAGUUGGAUAUGGAACGUAUUGCCUGUUACAGGUCAGGUCUGUCAGUUAAGCUGCCAGAGACAAAGAAAAGAAGCAAGGAUGAAGGGAACAAGGAAAGGACGAGACUUCUUACAUGACUUUAACAUAAGACGCACGCCAUUACAAAGCACAACAAGGAAGAGAAAGAUUUCGGACACCAAGUAGCACUAAAACAUUCUUCCUUCCCUCCGUGUUCAUCUCUGGUUUAAAGUAGGUUUCUAAAACUGAAAUCUCACUGAAUGUCCAUAAUGCUCUGCUCUAGAGUUUUUUUCUGCCAAGUUCACGUAUGCAACUCUAGAUGGUGGCGUUCAGUCAGAGAAGAGAGACGAAAAAGCACCACUAUUACCUUCUUUUGAUGCUGACGCCUUCAAUGAAGAUUUUCAUUUCAAGUUCGAAGCGCUUAAAUGAUACAAGGACUGGAAACCUGGAUACAGCCACUGCAGGAUCCGGGCUCUAAAACUUGUACAAGUCAGAUGCUGGUCAGUGACCUGGUCCCAAGCCAUAGUUUGAGAAACUAGGAUAAUGCUGUCAUUGAACAAGCACUGACUUGCUGUAUAUAAAACAAAAAUAAGUGAUAUUUAUCUUUUUUAAGUUAUACCUGUAUUAAACUGUAUAAAUAUCAUUUCUCUUAAUGCUGUAUAUUCCUUUUGGAUUUGCCUUUAUUGUUUAUAUGUUUUGUUUUUUCCACACAGAACAUAGAAAUGGGAAACUUUUCAAAGCAGAGUUGAAGUUUAGCUUUACUCAGGGUUGGGUUAACAUCUCCUCCUGCUGGCAUAUGGUGGCAUUGGUCUGCUGUGAAUAUCCUGUAAAAAAUUACUUUUAAUGUUUUUGAAUUUUUGAAUUAUUAUUAUUAUUAUUUUUUUGCUUCAAGGGGGCUUUUUGUUUUUUUCUAUGAAGGUCUUUUGUAUUAUGUAGUCCUAAAAGUCCUAAUUUAUGCAAACCACAAGGAUCCCAACUGAUCUACUAGGGCCCUUUACAUUGCCGUUGAACAGUGCUUACAUGGGAUUAGCUCCUUCUACUGUCAAUAACUUAGUAAAAAACAACUGUCUGUUAGUUGACCCCCUCCCCGUUGCAUAUUUAAGAUACCUUUUGCAAGAUUUCAAAAAGUCAGAUGAAGAUGUCUAUGAGGAAGCUACAGCUGAUAAAAUCAGCCUGUGACGGUUUGCAUUUCAGGUGUCGAAAUCAAAGGUUGACAGAUAGAAAUAAGGAACCUGCUUUUGUUUAGCUUGUCUGAAAUCAAGAACCCAUUAUUUAAAACAUUCUGAAUUCAAGUGCUUAAUAUGUGGUGCCCCGCCAUUGUUCUGAUGGCCCAUUAUUCCAAACCCCCCGAUAGUCACCCUGAAAACACACAUACAAACGCCACAUUAUGGUGUAAUGGCGUGAUACCAGGAUACCACUUUACCGUGAUACCGUGUUGCAUUUUAACCCAGAAGUAGUUUUGGUGCAACCAUCUAACAGGAUGUUGCAUAUUUAUUAUUGCUAACUUGACCACACUGGAGGAUACCGUGUCAAUGCCAGCUGUUGGACGAUUGGACUUUUGGUCCUAUGCAACAUUCUUGGACUAUUGCGAUUUAAUAAUUAAUAAUGGGCCAUCAGAGCAAUGGACAGUCCUCACGUCUGUCACUCUCAUCAUAGUAAACUGAAUAUUUUCUGUGUGAGAAUGAAAAGUUUGACAGGCAUAGCGACAGUCACAAGAGGAAGGGGUUAGCAAACAAUCCAUUCCAGGGGGUUUUUCAGAGGGGGUGCAAUUUAAAGAUGGUAUUCACAACAGUUGGACUGUUUCUUUAAUUUUUUAACUGUAUUUUAUGCACACAAAUGCCUGAUUUUUGUACAUUUCUUUUUAUGUUUCUAAUGAAUCAGCAGCUUGCUUUCAGAGCUGCUGAUACCGAUAGAACCUAUGACCUCUGACCUCUCUGUCACGGUACAGUCUCUGUGACCACUGCCCUUAUUUCUUACUGCUCAGGAGUUUCCAGCUGUGAGAACAUGUGGUAAUACUUAACCACCCCGGUUCACAAGCCAUUUUCACAAUCGAACUGCUGGGUAAUUCUGGCCGUUUUAGAAUGAUGACGUACAUUAUUAGCAAGCUGAUUGGAUAUUAGAGAGUAGCUUAAAACGAUAAAGCGUGGAAACACCUCGUCAUAGUGCAUCAGUGUUGCUUUAACCUGAUGAGCUGGAUGACAGAUGUGUUGUCUGUCAGUUAAAACAUGUGUUGUGCUGUACAUGUAGGAUGUAACCCCCAACCUGCCUAGGGGUCCUGAGCCCAGAGUUUGAAACGCCACAGGUAAUUCAGCAGUAAUCGAGCAUUACUUGAUGUUGAGUGUGUGUGCUCCCUGUUAGUGGGUUUACUGUGGGCUUUUUCUCACUGUGUGUAACAUAGGUCAAUAUUUAAAACCCAGGAUGGUUAUAACAAUAAGAGGAACGUCUUUAUUAAACAUUUAAAACAUGAAUGUGUCAGCUCAUGUGAAAUUACUGACUGCUGAUUUAUCAUUACAAAGAGGAAUAAAGCUGAAUGAAAGACA